AUGGAGGGUAUUCUAGCCUCAACAGAGAAAUGGACUCUUCGGGGAGGUUCAAAGGGGAGUGUUGAGGAGCUUUAUUCAUCAGGACAGAUUGUCAUCUGGAGUAGAGGCAUGGGUGAUGCUGGGAGGAAACUAUUGAAAAGUUUUUCAGGUGAAGAAGAAGUAUGUGAUGCCCAAUGGUUCACCUUCCCUCCUCCAUCACCUUAUGGUAAUGGUCUUAAGGAUGACCAGAUGUCGAGGUUGCCAUCAAUAUGUAUUUUGUAUAGAAGUACCCUUCAUAUAUUUGCAUUGAGUGGAGAAGAUUUCAUCCACUCGAUGCCAUUCAAGUCGAAAGGGCAGAUGGUGGGCACCGCGGAGGCUCCCAUUCAAAUAGAUGAGGCGAGGUUCGCCAGGAGAAGGAAAUAUAAUUGUAGGCGCUUGUUGGAUGGAGACGAACUGCCGGAAGAGGAGGAUGACAAGGUCAAUAUCAUCAAUAAAUGCAACCACAGUCGGAGGGUUGAUGGUCCCUGGGUGUUCAGUUUGAAAAAAGGAUUGGAUGUAAGGUUCUUUGUAGUGGAGAGACGAAAUGCUGGGACUCUCAUCCCCAUAAUACAGCGUGAAGUUACUCCUGGAUCACACAUACAUUCAGAUGAGUGGCCUACAUACAGCUGCCUGAGUGCUCUUGGCUUCCAUCAUGAGACGGUGAACCACCAAGAUAACUACGUCAAUCUGGAGAGUGGAGCUAAUACUCAGGCAAUUGAAAGAAGUUGGCUGGAUUGCAAGACCAAAAUCCUGAAGAAGAUGAGAGGAGUUGUAAAACACAUGUGGUUGAGUGAAAAAGGUCUGAUAUUUGAAAGGAGCCAAUCCUCCCUAGAAAAGGAAGGCAUUCCUGGAACCAGCUCAACACUCUACCCAGUCUUCUUCUCUCUCACCCACUCAACGGGAGAGAUUUCCCCUGUUGCCAUGAGGAAGAACCCACCUUUGAUGUACUCGCGUUCUUCAAUCUUGGAUGCUACAUCUCGUUUCUCAGUUCAGUGUGAUGAAACUCUACAGAUUGUCUUCACUCAUUCAUCAUCCUCUCUGUGUGUUACCUAUGAUGUUGGCUCAGGACAUCACUGUGUGUGGAAGCUUAGGAGGCUCAAUGAAGCAGAGUCAAAAUUCUUUAUUGGAGACUUUGGAGAAGAUGGGGGAAGCACAAGGCUGAACCAGAGCACAAGUAGUAUUUUUCCAUUGGGGACACCUGUUUCAAAAAACCACACUGGGACAUGGAUGGGCCACAUGCCUCCACCACGCAGCACCCCUACUACAAGCGGGAAUCCUGUUUUCUCUCCCCACAACCACCGCAGCUUCACCCCUAAGAUUCAGGAAUCUCCCCUUUUGAAUCUGUGUCCUCCUCCCAAAUUUCACUCUUCACCCCAUAUCCAUUCCCAUAUGCAUCAGUCUCAUCAUAUGACAAGUCCAUCAUCAGACCUGUCAAGGUCACCGAUGGUGAAUCCAGCCAUUAUUGGAACACCUGGGUCAACUACAUCCUGCAUUUCCUUCCAAACAGAAUCAUCAUUUGUUGAACCAGAACCAGUGUAUCCUGAGCUGUGCCUGGAUUUUGUUUGGCUAGAGUCCCUCAAUGUCAAUGAAACCAACCUACCUCGGAAGGCAGUGAAAGCUUUCAUCUAUGAGGAUCUGUUGGGCCAGCAGUAUUUGAGCCUUCUCCUCCUGUCACCAAAGCAAGAAACAUCUUCCUUCCUCAAGAGCAUUAGAUUUGGUCCAGCCCAAGGACAGAGUCAUUCCCAGCUCAUUUUUGGUUCUGCCACUUCCAUUCCUGCUUUGGAUGCCAUUCCUAUUCAAACAAUGAAGCUUCUCUUGGUACUUGAGCCUGGAAGAAACUUGUCCUUGUACUCUGGCUCUGCCAAGAUCCAGAAAAUCAAUCUAGCAUCGCUUCAUUUGAAACGAGACUUUGCUCAACUAUCAAUUAAUACAAGUUCAGCAACAGCUGCCACACCC